GUGAACGUUGUGGAGCAAUGGCGGCGUGCCGGGGAUCUUCGUCGAAAUGGUUUUUCACCCGGGAGCAGCUCGAAAACACGCCGUCCCACCGAUGCGGAGUGGAGCCAGACCGGGAGCUCUCCUAUCGGCAACAAGCGGCGAAUCUGAUCCAAGAUAUGGGUCAGAGACUCAACGUCUCUCAAUUAACAAUAAAUACAGCCAUUGUUUACAUGCAUAGAUUUUAUAUGCACCACUCUUUCACCAAAUUCCAUAGGAAUAUAAUAUCUCCAACCACGUUAUUCUUGGCCGCAAAAGUGGAAGAACAACCUCGGAAACUCGAACACGUGAUCAAGGUUGCGCAUGCUUGCCUCAAUCCCCAAGAACCGCCUCUAGACACAAAAAGCAAUGCAUACCUCCAGCAAGCUCAAGAGCUGGUGAUACUUGAAUCCAUAGUGCUGCAGACCCUGGGCUUUGAAAUUACUAUUGAUCACCCACACACUGAUGUGGUGAAAUGUUCCCAGCUAGUGCGAGCAAGCAAGGAUCUGGCACAGACUUCCUAUUUCAUGGCUACCAACAGUCUACACCUCACUACCUUCUGCCUCCAAUACAAGCCCACAGUGAUCGCCUGUGUUUGCAUCCACCUGGCCUGUAAGUGGUCAAACUGGGAGAUCCCAGUUUCCACUGAUGGGAAGCACUGGUGGGAGUAUGUGGACAACUCUGUCACCCUUGAGCUGCUUGAUGAGUUGACCCAUGAAUUUCUGCAGAUUUUGGAGAAGACGCCGAGCCGGUUAAAGAGGAUACGCAACUGGAGGGCAACACAAGCUGCCAAAAAGCCCAAGACUGAGAGCUCUCAGCUGACGGACAACGCCUUUGCAGGACCUUCCUUGCUCCAAGAUCAAGGUGAUGCCUCGCUCGCUGGACUCUCCUCCAACCCAAGUUUUUCCAAAGCGGGCGCCACCUUCACUGCACCACUGUCUCUGGACAGCUUGGCUGGCCCAUACAAUCCAGCUAGCCACAGUGAGUGGCCUCAGGGCAACCAGAGCCUUGCAGGGUACCCUUCCACCUGUGUAAAGCAGGAACCCAUGAGCAUCCCUCAUCAGGAGCCCACACUGUCAUUGCAGACCUCCACUUCCUCUUUGCUGCAGCAUGGGCCGAUAUACAGGACUGAGAAAACGGUAGACUUCAGCCCUGUGAAACAGGAACAAAAAGGAGCUGGUGGGAGCGGGGUGGGCAAGCAUCAGCCACCACCUCAGUCUACCUAUCUUCCACCAGCUCAGCCUCCUCCACCUCAAUCUGCUCCAGCUCAGAAGCUGUCUCUGGACAAAUACAGAGAGAAACACGCUGCAGAGCUUGCUGUCUCUGGCCAGAAACGUAGUCAGGAACAGCACGGAGGAGUAAUGGAUUGCGAUAUGUCGUCUUCCUCCUCUUCUACCUAUGCACCAUCCUUUACGAGCCAAGUAGACCAUAGAAAACAUUCACAGCCCCACCAAACAUCCCAUGGUGGUGGUGGCGGCACCACUGCCUCCCCAAUGAAAAUUAAAGUCCCCUCCUCCUCAACUUCAGGGCAAGAUAGACGCCAUCACAGUGACAAACGGGACAAAGGCUCACUUAAACUCCGCCUGGCUGUUCCUGGGUCUGGUGGAAGCUCCCAGCUGGAUAAAAGUGGACAAUCUAGUAAAGAUGAGCUUAAGAUGAAGAUAAAAGUUUCAUCAUCGGAGCGUCACAGUUCAUCAGAUGAAGGCAUGGCGGCCAACAACAACAAGAGUAAACAUUCCAGCCCUCUAGUGAGCAAGGAGAAACAACACCGUAGUGGAGGAGAUCACAACCUCCAUCGCCACAACAAGCACAGUCACCCUCACGCACACAGUGGGAAUGGACGAGGAGGCCCAGAGGGCCAGGGAGGUCUGCUACGGGCUCCUCCAGGACUGGUCAGCAUGGAAGGCAGUACGCUGGCUCCUCCCGGAUCGACGUCAUUGUCUUCAUCCUCAUCGCGCAAGAGGGUGCACCCUGAGGCCAGCCACAACCACCACCCUUCCUCCUCAUUCUCCACUUCUUGCUCCAAAGUGAGCAAAAUCUCCAAGGGUGGCACUGGUGCUGCAGGUACUACAUCUUUUUCUUUCCCCUUUUUUCCUCCUUGCUCCUCUCCUGUACUGCAGUGUGUCUCGUCUGGCUUGCAGCUCUAUGGCUAACCCCCCCCCCCCCCCUUCCUCCUCCUCCUCCUUAUUCUUGUUUCUCCUCCUCCCCUCCUGUCAUACCCAGGUGGGCUGCGGACCUCUCAGCAGUACCCCCCUCCUAGUGAAUCGCCACAUGAAGUGGGAGAGCAGAGACACUGAGUCCACCACUCUGCAGCCAUGGCCAGCACAUGGAAAUGGCAACAAACUACCCACAGACUUUGAAGACUAUGCUCACCUCCCUGUUAAGUGCCCUAGGAAAAUAACUCUUUAUGUGAUGAUAAACCCUUUACUGAAAGGCAAAAAAAACGAAAAAAGUAUUGUUGGACUUCUCAAUUUCUGAGAGACGAGAAAGGUGAAAAAAAUAUUCUUCCUGACUGUCAGGUCUCUGAGUUGUGAUGCUCAGUCCUGUCUUUCUGUUAGUGUUGAAUUGCUGCUCGGUUCUCCUUCCUCCUCAAAUGAGUCUCGGAACGUUCAAAGGUGGGUGGGUGUUUUCAUCAUGGGAGGAGGUAUCUCCAAAUGGGAAAACAAAAGUAUUAGUAAGUACUAUAAAAGGCAUGGAAGGUGCACUUUUCUUCAUUUUCCUCCUCUUUUUUUUUUUAAACAAAUAAUUUAAUUGAUUCACAUUUCUGCGGUUGUAUGGAGAAAGCUAGUGGCCAGCUGGAGAUGAGUUCAAGUUAUGUUUGCUGGCAUUCCAAUUAGUACCGUUGAUGGAUGAAUUUUUUUUUUAGGUGUAAAAUUUCAUCUCCUCAAUUACUUUCUUGUCUUCAUUUCUUUUUAUACUUAAGUACUGUGCGUAUGAUUUGCAUGUUUCAAUCAUCAAAGGGAUUUCAAAGGAGAACACGUACUUGCUGUUUACAGAAAGUGGAGAUAAAUGUACAUACGUUUUUGUAUGUUUAAAGAAAAAAAAAAAGCUAUACCAUGACUACUCAGGUUUGGAGCUGCUUGUAAGUAUAACAAGAUAAUUAUAAUACCUAUAAAAGACAUUUAUUUUGUUGAUCAAUGCAUUGGGCAACAUCGGGUGAAUGACUGCAGCAUUCCAGUGGUGUGUGCUUCUUACAGCCUUCCUACAGAGGGCGCUGUGCUUUUCCAUCACAGGAAAAAUCAGUUGAUGCCCUCAGAAACAACGGCACAUCCAAACACCUACUUGUCACAUCAGAGCGAUGCAAUUUGUACCAAAAAUGUUUUUUUGGGGGACCUCUAAGUAGACCUUAAGCUGGAUGCCAAAGGUUGUGCCUCAAAAAAAAAAAAAAAAACUGACAAGGACAGUUGUAGUGUGCUAUUAAAGUUUACGUAACCCUUUUACUUUGAAGUGCAUCAGACAUAAUUACAUAACAUAACAAGCUGUAGCCCUUAAAUGUCAGCCCAUAAGGGAGGUGGGGGUACAUCUAAGUAUUAUUCAGUCAACCAUGAACAGAAAAAAAAAAUGGCUCAUUUCCAUCCAAGCAUCUGUUGUCAAGAACAGUGACCAAUUGGCCAUAUGCAACAUGACCUGCUGGAUAACUCAAGUAUCUGCAAUGUGGAUGUCCCAAAUAGGUUGUGUCACUGAUGUCCUCAUCCAAUUGGUUGAAUUUACAUUUACAGCCAUGUACCUGUCGUGACACGUCAUUAGUUUCCUACAUUAAACUCUGUAUUGUUCUCAGAUCAUGA